GUUUCAAUUCAUCCUCUUUGUCGUGUACAGUACAAAAAAAAAUAUGAAAAUUUUAUUCAUCCUCCUGUCGACAUUGAUUUUAUUCAGUUUAAUCCCGCUUUCAUUCAGUGAUGCCACGUUUGAGAUACGAAGCGAUAUCGAGGUCGCAAUUCGAUUGUCCUUGAGGCCUAGUCCAAUAAGCAUCGUCAUGAAGAAUUAUAGAAAUGCAGAUCAAUUUUUCAAAAAUUUUAAAAGUAUAAUUACGAAUUUAAGGCCACAAAUGUUGACACCACCAGCAAGAGAUAAUAUUGAUACAUUGGAAGCAAUUACAAAGAUUAAUUAUCAGCAAAGUGCAAAGUUCUUCAACAAUGACUAUAUGACAAUAUGGUAUAAUAAAAUGAGAAGAUUCUUAGAAGCCAAUUAUGUCUUUACAAACAUGUAUGAGAUAAAUGACAAGUUCUUACAAACAAUGACUUCGAAAAAGGCACCAAGAUGUUGGAAUCGUUUCCGUGAAAAUGUUAAGAAUGUGACGCAAUAUUAUGUUGUUACAACUGUUUACAAGAAAGUUGAAGACUUUUUGUUUAACAAAUUCUCUGGUUAUAAAAAUGAAAGCUUGACUUUCCUUGAAGGAAGUAAAAAAAUUGGACCCGGAAACAGCGCAAGCUUCUUUCUUACCACAAACAUUAAUGCUAUGACGGAUCUGCACAAUCGAUGGAUGAGCGACUUGGACCAAUUAAAGCAUGAAAAUAAUCAAACGGAGAUAUUAAAACCGAUCAUUGAUGAUGCAUUUAAUAAAACUCUGCCUGAUUAUGAAAGCAUUUUGGCAAAUGUGACUGAUUGUGCACUGCCUAAAAAACUUCCACCUGCGGCAUAAAAUUGUACACUUUUGAACUGUUCGAAAUAAAGUUUUUAUCAAAUUUUAA